GGAAUCCGGAAAGACUUGAUAUAGAGGGUAGCAUUUGACCCCAGUUGGUAGGAAAACAAAGGAGUCUAGAAGAUAGAGGUGAACAGGAUUGGUAUUCAAGGUCUAGAGGACAUCCAGUGCAAAGGCAUGGCAUGGAUGUAAGAGCUGGAUUGUCAUGAAGGAAGACUAGAAGAAGCCUGUUUGGUUGGGUUUCACACCACUCAACCCUCUUCUAGUACUCAUUGUACUUUACUAAGCAGUUUACUAUGAAGAGUUGUUACUAUGUUAAGUUCACGUUCCACACUCACACUUCUGUUCCAUCAAAAUCCCACCAGGUUCCUACCUUGGAUCUUCAGUGUGAUCUUAAUAUUCUAGGUGAAUUCUAGUCAAAUCUUCUUGGUGAAUCCUUCCCUAAGCUUCUUUAGCUUCUAUUUUAUUUUUUAUUUAACGCAAAAGUACUCAUUUGUAUCCCAUUGAUACCAUAGAUGUUUGAAUAAAGUGUAGUUGUCUAUUAAUCUGAUAUUCAUAGUUUGAAGUUUUAAACACUUAAAAAAUGUCCAUUUCUGCAGGUGAAGCCAAGAAUUUAUUGCCAUAUCCUGGACCCAACAAAAUGAGAGAUUGUUUCUGCACCAUAAAUUUGGACCAAGAAGAAGUUUUUCGUACUCAGGUUGUUGAAAAGUCAUUAAGCCCAUUUUAUAGUGAAGAGUUUUACUUUGAGAUCCCAAGAACUUUCCAGUAUUUGUCUUUCUACAUUUAUGAUAAGAGUGUUUUACAAAGAGAUCUUCGAAUAGGAAAAGUCGCCAUCAAAAAAGAAGCCUUGUGUACCCACACUGGCAAAGAAACAUGGUUUUCCCUUCAGCCUGUUGAUUCCAAUUCUGAGGUUCAGGGUAAAGUUCAACUGGAAUUAAAACUGAAUGAACUCAUUACUGAUAAUGGAUCUGUGUGCCAGCAGCUUGUAGUACAUAUCAAGGCGUGCAAUGGAUUGCCUCUCAUAAAUGGACAGAGCUGUGACCCUUAUGCCACAGUUUCUCUUGUGGGACCUUCAAGGAAUGACCAGAAGAAGACAAAAGUCAAGAAGAAAACAAGUAACCCUCAGUUUAAUGAGACCUUUUAUUUCGAGGUUACCAGAUCUAGUAGCUACACCAAAAAAUCCCAGUUUCAGGUAGAGGAGGAAGACAUUGAAAAGCUAGAAAUCAGGGUUGAUUUAUGGAACAAUGGAAACUUGGCUGAUAAUUUUCUGGGAGAGGUCAAAGUUCCCGUGAAGGUGUUAAGAAAUGAUUCCUCUCAUCAGGCCUGGUACUUACUACAGCCAAGAGACAAUGGAAAUAAGUCCUCAAAAACUGAUGACUUGGGAUCACUUAGAUUAUAUAUAUGCUAUACAGAAGACUAUGUGCUUCCUUCCAAGUACUAUGGUCCUUUGAGAAAUUUGCUGCUAAAAUCCCCAGAUGUUCAGCCUAUCUCUUCCUCAGCUGCUUACAUUUUGAGUGAAGUUUGUCGAGAUAAAUACGAUGCUGUUUUGCCUCUUGUACGACUGCUGCUGCACCACAAUAAAUUUGUUCCUUUUGCCACUGCAGUGGCCGAAUUAGACUUGAAAGAUACACAAGAUGCAAACACAAUUUUUAGAGGAAAUUCCUUGGCUACUCGAUGUCUAGAUGAGAUGAUGAAAAUAGUGGGAAGGCACUACCUGAAAGUGACAUUAAAACCUAUUCUUGAUGAGAUAUGUGAAUCCUCAAAAUCCUGUGAAAUUGACCCCAUCAGAUUGAAAGAAGGGGAUAAUGUAGAAAGUAAUAAGGAGAAUCUGCGUUACUAUGUAGAAAAAUUAUUCAGUAUGAUUAUUCAGUCCAAUAUGAGCUGCCCCACUGUCAUGUGUGAUGUGUUCUAUUCGCUGAGACAUAUGGCUGCUCAGAAAUUUCCUAAUGACCCUCAUGUACAGUAUUCUGCCGUCAGCAGCUUUGUAUUUCUUCGUUUCUUUGCUGUAGCCGUAGUGUCACCUCAUACUUUUCAUUUACGACCUCACCAUCCAGAUGCACAGACUAUUAGAACAUUAACUCUCAUCUCAAAAGCCAUUCAGACUUUGGGAAGUUGGGGAAGUCUGUCUAAAAGUAAGUCAAGUUUCAAAGAGACAUUCAUGUGCGAGUUUUUCAAAAUGUUUCAAGAAGAGAGGUAUAUUGAAGCAGUUAAGAAGUUCUUGGAAGAAAUUUCAUCUACUGAAAGUAAAGAACCCAGUGGUAUGAGUGAGCCAGUGCAUUUAAAAGAAGGUGAAAUGUACAAACGAGCUCAGGGAAGAAAUCGGAUUGGGAAAAAAAAUUUCAAGAAACGAUGGUUCUGCCUAACAAGUCGAGAACUCACCUACCACAAGCAACCAGGUAGCAAAGAUGCAAUUUAUACCAUUCCAAUUAGAAACAUUCUUGCUGUGGAAAAAUUAGAAGAGAGUUCUUUUAAUAAGAAAAACAUGUUCCAAGUGAUACAUAUGGAAAAGCCACAUAUAGAGAAGCCACUUUAUGUCCAGGCAAAUAACUGUGUUGAGGCAAGUGAGUGGAUAGAAGUACUGUGCAGGGUAAGCCGCUGCAACCAGAGGAGACUGAGUGCUUACCAUCCCUCCGCGUACCUGAACGGGAACUGGCUUUGCUGUAAAGCUACUAGUGAGCACGCUGCAGGCUGCACGCCCUGUACUGCAGGUGUUCCUGCCGACAUCCAGAUAGAUAUUGAUGAAGACAGAGAAACAGAAAGAAUUUAUUCCCUUUUUACCCUUUGCAUGCCUAAAUUGCAGAAGAUGGAAGAGGCUUGUGGGAGUAUAGCAGUUUACCAAGGACCACGGACAGAGCCAGAUGAUUAUUCCUAUCUUACAAUUGAGGACUCUGUAACAACUUUUAAAACACUUCAGCAAAUAAAAGUCGUCCUUGAAAAGCUAAAUGAACCUCAUGAAAAGUACAGAAAGAAGAGAUCAACUAAUGCCAAAUACGGUAGUGAGGAAAAUCCAAUUGUUGGAAAAGUGUCCUAAUGGAAUUAGAAUAUGACCAACUGAUUCAGAAGAAACUGGAAUUACUGUUUUCAUUGGAAUUUUUUUUAUUCAUAAUGUAUACUGUUCAGAGUAUUAAGAAUGGACAUUGGCUUCAAUGUUACCUGUGUUCACAUUGUAUUUAAUAUGUAAUAGAUGGAACUGUUUGGGAAGCCAUAUUGAGGCUUAUUCCUUGUGAUGUAUUGCCAGAAAUUUUUCAAAUCAAGGUUCUUUUCAUAUCAGCUGUGUUUGCAGCCAUGUUUUUGCAACCUUUUAAUUGGAAAGACAGUUUCUAAGGAAAUAAGUUACGAUGAAGGCUAAAAUCUCCCAUUACAGACAGUUUCUCAUAAUCUGUCUGUAAUCUAAGAACCUGUGUUCACCACCAGUGCCUGCUAUAUGCUGCCAACAGUUUAUUGCAAUAGAAAAUUACAACACAUGGCACCAACCUAUCCAGAGCUCUUCAUUUUGUACAAUCAGAGCUCCCUAUUAAAAAUAAUAAUUUUCUUUGAUAAUCCAUUGAUCAUAAAAGGUCACGAAGGUGACUGAAGCAGAUAUUUGGAAAACUGCCGGGUUGGUAGGUAAACCAGUGCUUGCUUUUAAAAUUUACAUAUGAUUCAAGUAGGAGAAAUCAGGGAAUUUGUGCAUCUUGUUUACAUUUGGAAUGAGUAAUGGCAGGUUAAAUAAGAUGAGACCACUAUGUGUUUUAAAAAGAAAAAAAAUCAGGUACUCAUUUUUCUUUAAUAGAAAAUUCAGGGUAUUAUCACUUCUGAAGAUGAAAAGAAAGGAUACGGUGAAAGAUGGCGGUUAGAAUAAUCACUUGAUUUCACUUACUUCCUGAAGAAUGAAGGGUCACCAUAAAUAGACCCAACUCAUCUCACAUUAAAGAAUUUUACUCCAAAACAGUCACUCAGAGCACUUUACAAAUCUGGCCUGUUCCAGAUUGUACAAUAGAUACCAUGUAGUGUCUAAUAAUCUAAUGAUCAGUUGAAUGAUCAGUGGGGGGUUUUUUGUUUUUGUUUUUGUCUUUUUGAUUCUAAAAAACAAUUCUUAAGUGAACAUGUUUGUAUUGCAUUUGUGUUUAGUAUUUGCUAGACUAAGUAGAACUUGGGCUCGCAAGUUUUACUUGUCAAAAAUUUGAAUUUUGUUUUCUUGAAAUAAUUUACCCUAAAAAUGAUAAUUGUAUAGAAGCAGUAAAAGCCAAUUGCCUCUUUGCAGAUGGUAGAAGGCAUAUAUGUUGCUUCAUCAGUAUUAAAAACCAUGGUACUCUUGUUUUUUAAAUGCAGAAACACUCCCUAUGGUACUUCGUUCUUGGAGUAUUUAUGUUUUUCUGUUUCAAACUGUGACUUAUCAGUAUAAGUCUGGAUUAUGUUAUGUUGAUGGUAUUGAUGUUUUUAAGCAUAAGCUACAGUUCAUAAUAUAUUUUGGCAUGUGAACUUAACAUAGUACCUUUUUAUUCAAUCUUUGAACUCCCCCUGCCUAAAAGAACCAUGAGGAACCUACCUGCACCAGUCAAGGUAACUCAAGCCAAUACCCCAAGAGUAUUUUUUUUUUACUCUGUGAUUCCUCAGUGGCAAGAGAAAUUCUCUUGUGUUCUUGCAGGCCCAGGGUGUCAUUGUCCUUAAAGGACACAGAUAGCAUUUGUCACAAGAGCAAAGCUGUGGUCUGUAAUGAAAAAACAGUACCGUCAUCCUGUCAUUCAGACCACCAAUUUGGAGUGCCCUGGUCUUGACUCAGUCUAAGAAUUGGAAACACAAAUAAGUAAAUGAGUUUUCUUCAUAAGAUUGACUUUGUUAAGGAAUUUAGUAAGGGGCUGACAUAGCAGAAGCAUUCUCUGUGACUUCACCCUCCUCAACAUUGCUCAGUGAUAUUCUUUAGCUUUGUCCAUCUGUUCACUUCCUAGACCUGGUCCUUCUGAUUCCCAAGUCUCUUCCCUGACUAGAAUUGGUCUCUCGAUACUCUGAGUCAUCCUGGAAUCCUGAAAAAAAAACAAGAAAAAAGGGAUGGGUGAUGGAAAGGAUAUAUCCUUAUGUGCUAGUUUUUUCUGGUUCUUCCUAUAACCACUUGCCCCAUGACUAUCCCAUUGAUUUCAAUGAGCCAAAAAUAAUGUAAAUCUUAAUUUUAGACUUAAAGCUCUUUUAAAAAUUUAAGUAGCCUUUAAAUCAGGUGACAAUGCCAAAGCAAAGAUUUUUGACUCCAGGGUAUAUACUUCAUUAAUCAAAUGGAAAUAUUUUCACUGUGAUAAUGAUGAAAGUUAAAAAUUAGGCUUCAUUGUUUGUUGCAACUGAUUUUUUUUCUAUUUUUUUAAGCAGGUUUCAGUUAUUUAUCGGCAAAGAUUUAUUCAUGUCACCUAAAGUUCAUUUUUUAGAAACUCUUCAAUAGAGACUUUUUAACAAACGCACUUUUAUUUUGCUCUGAUGGUACAUCCUAUAAAGGCUGAAAACCACCUGGCCUAAAUUUCAGAUGUCAUUACAGGAUGUUAAAAUUGUGCAAGUCAUUCUAGAGUCAAAUGAUUGUUCCAUACUGAUGCCAAUGUUAAGUUACUUGCAUUUUUAUUAACCUAACAAUUAAUAUUUGCUUCUGAUCCGAUUGGAAAUGUAAGUUAUCAAAACAGUAGUUUUCAUUUGUGUAAGUGUUGUAUUGUUAAAAAUUGUAUUUUUAUUUAAAUUUUAUUUUCUUAUCAAGAGUAUUAAAAAAAAGUUUAAAACUUUUGUAACUGUUGCUGAAAAAUUACUCAAAUAAAUUCCAGGAAGACUA